AUGAGAAGGGAGAACCAGAGCAGCGUGUCCCAGUUCCUCCUCCUGGGGCUCCCCACCCAGCCAGAGCAUCAGGGCAUGUUCUUUGCCCUGUUCCUGGGCAUGUACCUGACCACGGUGCUGGGGAACCUGCUCAUCAUCCUGCUCAUCAGGCUGGACUCUCGCCUCCACACCCCCAUGUACUUCUUCCUCAGCCACUUGGCCUUCUCUGAUGUCUCUUUCUCAUCUGUCACUGUCCCAAAGAUGCUCAUGAACAUGCAGACUCAGCACUUACUCAUCUCCUAUGUGGGGUGCAUUUCCCAGGUGUAUUUUUUCAUACUUUUUGUUUGUCUUGACAAUUUCCUUCUUGAAGUGAUGGCAUACGAUAGGUAUGUGGCUAUAUGUCACCCACUCCACUAUACCACCAUCAUGAGGAAGGAGCUAUGCAUCUUAUUGGUGGCUGGAUCGUGGUUCUUCUCUUGUGCCCAUGCCCUGUUGCAUACUCUCCUUCUGUCCUGCCUCUCCUUCUGUGCUGACAAUGCCAUCCCCCAUUUCUUCUGUGAUCUCACAGCCCUCUUGAAGUUGACCUGCUCAGACACCUCCUUCAAUGAGCUAGUUAUCUUCACUGAGGGGGGAGUGUUUGCCUUCCUGACAUUGAGUGCUAUUUUGGGCUCUUAUAUCCGCAUUGGAGUCAGCAUCCUGAGGGUCCCCUCCAUCAAGAGGAUCUGCAAAGCCUUGUCCACCUGUGGCUCCCACCUCUUUGUGGUGUUUUUGUACUAUGGGACUCUUGCAAUUAUUUACUUCUUUCCUUCAUCAAAUAACUCCAAAGUCAAAGACAUAAUUGCUUCAGUUAUGCAUACAGUGGUGACACCCAUGUUAAACCCCUUUAUCUAUAGCCUGAGGAACAGAGACAUGAAAUUGGCCUUGGGAAUACUUUACAAGAGGGGGAUUAUUUUUGCCAAAGACAAGAGCAGUAUGAGGUGGGAGAACCAGACAAACAUGUCUGAAUUCUUCCUCCUGGGGGUCCCCAUCCAGCCAGAGCAGCAGGGCAUGUUCUUUGCCCUGUUCCUGGGCAUGUACCUGACCACGGUGCUGGGGAAGCUGCUCAUCAUCUUGCUCAUCAGACUGGACUCUAGCCUCCACACCCCCAUGUACUUCUUCCUCAGCCACUUGGCCUUCUCCGACAUUUCCUUUUCAACUGUUACUGUUCCAAAACUGCUCACAAACAUGCAGACUCAGCAACAAUCCAUCCCCUAUGUGGGGUGAAUUUCUCAGAUGUAUUUUUUCAUAGUUUUUGUUUGUCUUGACAAUUUCCUUCUUGCAGUGAUGGCAUAUGACAGGUAUGAGGCCAUCCGUCAGCCACUCCACUACACUAUCUUAAUGAGGCAGGAGCUGUGUGUCUCAUUAGUAGCUGGGUCCUGGUUCCUCUCUUGUAUCCAUGGCUUGUUGCACACCCUCCUCUUGGUCCAACUGUCGUUCUGUGCUGAGAGUAUCAUCCCCCACUUCUUCUGUGACCUCACUGCACUCCUGAAGAUGAGCUGCUCAGACAUCUUCCUUAAUGAACUGGUCAUCUUCACCGAGGGAGGAAUGCUUUUCAUCUUGCCUUUGAGCACUAUCUUGGGCUCAUAUAUCCGUAUAGGGACCACCGUCCUGAAGGUCCCCUCUACCAAGAAAUUCUAUAAAGCCUUUUCUACCUGUGGCUCCCAUCUCUUUGUAGUGUUUUUAUACUACGGGACACUUGCAGGUGUUUACUUUUUCUCCUCAUCGUGGUGCUCCAAUGACAAAGACAUAAUUGCUUCGGUCAUGUAUACAGUAGUUACCCCCAUGCUGAACCCCUUCAUUUAUAGCCUGAGGAACAAAGAUAUAAAACAGGCCCUGGAAAUAUUUGUCAAUAGGGCUAUCUUCUUUAAGUGA